AUUUCUUCAAGAUGUAGUUAAUAUGUUAGCACCUAUAGAAAAAAUUACACGUCGUGUUUCUGGUGCAAGUUAUCCAACUUUUAGUGCUGUUUAUCCAUAUAUAGAAAUUCUCAAAAAAUCGUUUGCACCACAAUUUAAUAAAGGAGAAACUAAAGAGCAAUAUCUUGGUCUAAUUUAUGGUAAUAUUACUGAUGAAAACGAUGAUACUGAUAAUAGCUCAAGUUCAAUUAGUGAUGGUGAUAAUACACCAAGUUGUGGAACUCGUAAGCAUUGGCAAUAUGCGCAUAGACAGUUUCGGCAACAUAUGCAAAGAGGAAGAGCUCAACAAUCUACCAAUGUAAAUGAUAAUAAUGCAAUAGAAUAUUUACCUUCUAUUGAUCCAAAUGGAUUAUUGCAAAGAGUUCGUGCUGCUAUAUAUUUAUCUCUGGAUGAACUUUGGGCUAUACCUUCUGCUAUUGCUUUAAUUACAUCUAUUUUGGAUCCACGAUUCAAAACUUUUCAAUAG